AUGGACACGGUUGUGGCUGGUAGCGAGGAGGUGCCUGAGGAGACGAGCGCUUUUGCGAGUGCUCUGAGAAUGAUAAUGGAUAUUUUCGGUUGUUUUGCCAUCUUGAAAAGAGAUGAUACGCAACAAGCGAUAAGUGAGAUAUCGGAACGAGCCACUCACCAGCCAGUUCACUUACGCUCAGUUGGAAUGUUCAAGUGGAUUGACGAGCUCUGGUCUCGGAUCGCCUAUUGGCUUACGUUUAUGUGCGAUGAUUUCGCGGUUUACGAAUUUCCAUCGGUGUACAAGGUGAGAAGUUGCUUGCGUGUUUUGUGA